GUUGUAUCUUGUUAAACCCACAACAGCUUUUUGCUGCCACAAAGUCUUGAGCUUUCUGGGCUCAAGUUUCAGUCUUUUUCACUUUGGAUUGCAGAGGAGCCCUGUGAGUGGUUUAGUGUGAAUUGUCGCCAGAACGGGAUUUCAAAUCUCCUUAUUGUGUGUUACCAAUGAAGAAUAAGUUUGUGCGAGGUGGCUGAGAAGAAACUUGUUUGCACGUUCGAUAUCAGACGCUAGUGACAUACUGUAUAUUUAUUUUCUGGAUCAGAACCAAAUAGAUGAGUAAUAUGGGGCCUUCCAAAGCUAUGUCUUCAGCAUUUCCAAAUCCCCCUACCCCACUGGAUAUCAAUUACUCCAGAUUGCCAGAUUCAUUUCAGGGUUCCGCACAAAGAGAAAAGCCUAUGCAUUCAAUGUUACCACAGCCUUCUUCCCUUAGGAACUCAGUCUCAACAUCAUCCAUGCUUCCCCUUGACAAUCGAAUUUCUUCAGUUUACCAUCAUGAAAGACAUUCCCGAAAUUCUCCAUUCAGUAAGUUGCCAACUGAUGGAAAAUCAUUGUCACUUACCCAUUCAGAGUUACAGUCUACACCAGUGGCCAGUUACCCUCAAGAACAUAGAGAUAUCUCCUGGUGCCCGGAUUCAAUUGAGGAGUUUCUGCAUUUUCCUGAAAAUGUUCCUGAUCAGAAUGGCCUGGUAGAUACUAGUAUUGGUGCUAUAAUAUCUGAUGAUCAAGCUGAAAAAACUGAUUGGUCUGACUUGUAUCCAUUAAUAUCUUGUGAUGGUCCACUGGAUCCAUAUUGGGAGCUUCCGAUUGAUGAUGUUGCUGUCACGAAUCCUAUACCAGAGUGCCAGGUGUUGAAUCAUUCUUCUGAUAUCCUGGGGCAGCAGCCAAAUAUUCAACAGCAUCAACCAGUACCAUCUGGAGAGAGAGUUACUAGCCCUGACCCGGAGUCCAGUGCACCAUCAACCAAAGCUAGAAUGCGUUGGACACAAGAACUUCAUGAGGCUUUUGUUGAAGCUGUCGACCAGCUUGGUGGUAGUGAAAGAGCCACUCCUAAGGGUAUCUUAAAUGUCAUGAAGGUCGAAGGCUUGACAAUCUAUCAUGUAAAAAGUCAUUUACAGAAAUAUAGAACGGCCAGAUACAAACCAGAGUCAUCAGAAGGAAUUUGUGAGAAGAAUCUGACUCCUGCUGAAGAACUGAAUUCUGUAGACUUGAAAACGAGCAGUAUGGGGAUUACUGAAGCAUUGCGGUUGCAGGUAGAACUCCAGAAGCGGCUUCAUGAGCAACUUGAGAGUCAAAGAAAAUUGCAGCUGCAAAUUGAGGAACAAGGCAAGUACCUUGAAAAGAUAUUUGAGCAACAAAGGAAGAUGGAAGACAACAGGGUCAGACCGACAUCAUCUACCUCAGAUGAGCAUAAUCAAAUAGGAACCAGCACUCCCAUGGAUGAAGGUUCACAAGAUGCAAGUUUAAAACAGAAGGCACAAGAAUCUGAAACUCAUUUUAAUCAUGAUCCCUUAGGUGAUGCUGAUUCUGGUGCCCUCCCCACAAAACGAGCACGGACUGGAUGAAUAGUCGUGCCUUGCAUUCGCAGCUUUGAUAGACAGCAUGUACGUAUGGUAGGAUGAACCAAGGGGACUCAAAUCGAGAAACUCUUAAGAGUUCAAGUUUCAUAUUCAUAUUAUCUAAACUUGACAUAUUUGCUUUCAUUUGAAAGUGAAGACAGGUUACUUUCCUGAUUGUAUUCUCUGACUAGGUGAGAAUCCUUAUUGAUAGAUGGAAUAUUUCUCCAAUCAUUGUAUUGAUGUUUUUCCUCAACUUUGACAUCGGCCGAUUAUCAUGUAUAGAUGUACUACUGGCUCCUGGAGCACAAUUGCACAAAUGUAUAAAUAAUAUCUGGAAAUGGCCCUCCAGUUUUUUUUUUUCCGUUAAUUUUUAUAGAUUCGAUACCGGAUAUCUG